UAUUCAAAGUCCUAUAAACCUUAGCAUAACUCAACAUGGCGGGUUCGAAAGAUGAUGCCACGUCCUCUGAUAUUUUAGAGGCGGCUGACAAAUUAACAGAUAUAGACAAGAUGAAAGAAGCUUUGGAUAGACUUUGUCAUGAAGAGGAAAUUGUCAAUGAAGAAUUGAACAGCCUGUUAGAGCAUCAGUCUUUAUUGGAGAAUAAAAUGUUUGCUCUUCAUAAAAUGCUUCCUAACUUACAUGUUCUCGACUCAGAUGCCAAGCAACUUUCUACUAUGAUAUCAUUCACAUCAACUUUAGCUGAAAAUGUAAGCAGCAAAGUAAGACAGCUGGAUGUAGCCAAGAGUCAUGUAAGUGAUUCUAUCCAACGUGUUGAAGAUGUGCUGGACCUUAAAUUUUGCACUGAUGGUGUGCAGUCGGCACUGCAGAAUGAAGAUUAUGAAAAGGCUGCUGGUCAUGUCCACCGGUUCCUAAGUCUGGAUGAAAAUGUUCUAAGAAUGGCUGGUGAUGCCAGUGAAGGUAGUCCAUUGGAUACGUCAUUUAAAAUGUUACACGAGGCUGAAGAAAAAUUGAAGACCAUUGUGCGCAAUAAAUUCGAUGCUUCUGUUCAUUCAGGUGAUGUUGCAUCUGUUGAACGAUUCUUCAAAAUUUUCCCUCUUCUACGUUUACAUGAAGAAGGUUUAACCAAAUUUGGAAAAUACUUAGCUGCCCAGUUUUCAGAACCAGUUGGUAAAACUUUGUCUGAAAAUCUAAAAAUUACUGAUGAUGAUAAGAGAUCAAAUAUCCUGUUUGCUGACGUUAUAACUACCAUGUUUGAAAGAAUUGCUCGUAUUGUUGAAACACACCAGCCUCUAGUUGAAACUUUCUAUGGACCAGGGAAACUUGAUAUCAUACUGAUGCUGUUACAAAAAGAAUGUGAUCGACAAGCAAGAACGACCAUCAAAGAAUUCAGAAAGCGGCGGGAUUUUGACUAUAAGGUCCAACAAGUUCAACAAAGCAUGUUGUUCUCUAAAAGUUCCAAUGAGAAGCUGGAUUUCAAACAGUUAGAUGUAUUAUUAUCAGAACUGGUCUUACUGAACACCCGUGCUGAACUUUAUAUUCGCUUUAUGAAGAAGAGAUCAUUGAAUGACAUUGAUGUUGGUAUCCAGGAUGUGGAACUAAAAAAAGAAAAACAUGCCAUUGUUGAAAGGAACUUUAAUAACUGUGAUCUUAGUCGCCUAAUGCAAGACUUAAUUGGGAAUUAUAUACUAAUGGAGGAAUAUUUCAUGCGAGAAAUGGUCUUGAAGGCUGUCAGUAUGGAUUUGGCUGAAGAGAAUUCCCUUUAUUCAAGUAUGGUUGAUGAUUCCUUUUUCAUUGUAAAAAAGUCUGUGAGACGAGCUAUUUCUAGUUCUAGUGUUGAUGGUGUUUGUGCCAUGUUGAAUCAUGCCUGCACUAUAUUGGAGCAAGACUUCCGAGAAACUCUUUAUUCAAAAUUACGACCUGGAUUUCCUUCAGGUUUUGAUUUUAGCCAAGCUUACAAUUUAAUGCAGUCAAGUUUUCAACAAGGCAAGUUGAGUUCAGACACUGAAAAGGCUAAAACAGUUUUCUUGAUAACUCUGAACAAUGCAGAAGCCAGUUGUGAUUACAUCAAAUCUCUUCACAACAGUUUAGAGGCUGAGGUUGCACAACUCUUCAGACAGUGUAGUGAACAGAACAAAGCUAAGUUGGAGACUUGUCUCAAUGAUCUUGGAUCAGUGUCAGCUAGAUUUAAAGAUGUUAUUGAAUUUGGAUUUUCACAACUAAGUACUAGUGCUAUUAAACCUCGCAUUAAACCACUAGUAGAGGCACUUCUUUCCAGCAAUCACAAUAUAACUGAAGAUGAAUUUUCAAAUUAUGAAGCAAAUGAUCCAUGGAUCCAAAAUUUUAUUCUGAACUUAGAUGGAAUGCUAGUCAGCUUUAAGGCUAGCUUCACAGUGAACAACUAUGACAGGUUUGUAGGUGUUGUCACAAAUGAAAUCACUGCACAACUGGAGAAAACUGUUUUGAAAACCACUUUCAACAGAUUGGGUGGUUUACAGUUUGAUAAAGAAUUGAGAGCAUUAGCAAGUUAUUUGACUUCUGUAACAACAUGGACGAUUCGUGAUAAAUUUGCUCGUCUCACACAGAUGGCCACCAUACUGAAUUUGGAACGGGUAACAGAAAUCCUUGAUUACUGGGGUCCAAACUCUGGCCCCUUAACAUGGCGUCUAACACCGACCGAAGUGCGACAAGCAUUAGCAUUAAGGGUUGACUUUCGGAGUGAAGAUAUCCGGCGGCUAAAGUUAUAAUUAAUUGCAUUUUCACAAGAUAUGUGUGAAUAAGUCAUGUAGACGUGUAUGGGUUUGCAUGUGUGUGUGUGUGUGUGUGUGUAUGUGUGUUUGUGUGUGUAUGUAUACACACACAUGUUAAUAUGGUACUAAAGUAAGGGGUAAAAGUUAGUUGGUGGCCAUCCCUCUAUAUUUGCCUGUUUACAUGUUGUCAGUCAUUUACAGCAACACCUGCUACUACUAUCUCCAGAAUUAUUAUUUCAUAUAUAUAUUUAUUUAAAAGAAAAGAAUGAACAAACUGUUGUGUCUUAGCCAGAUCCUUAUAGAAAUUUGAUGCAGAUUCCUCAUUAGUUGAAAUUAGGUCAUAGUUGUGCUGUUAUUGUUUCAUCUUGUUCUAUUAUUAUUUCAUGACCUACAAGUGGCAAACUGGUAGAAUUAUUAGUGAGUCUGAUAAAAUGUUUAAUGGUAUUUCUUCUGGCUCAUUACAGUCUGGGUUCAAAUUCCUUCGCAGUUGACUUUGCCUUUCAUCCUUUCGGGGUUAAUAAAUAAAAUAAGUAACAGUGGGGUUGGUGUAAUCGAUUUUGCCACUCUUUUCAAAAUUGCUAGCUUUGUGCCAAAAUUUGAAACCAGUAUUUCAUGACCUUGUGAGCAAAUAUAGGAUAUAGGACAGCAGGCCGUUUAGAUUACUCUGUCAAAUGUAAUGCUUAUUUAUUCAUAUCAAUUUGAAUUAAUUAUGCAUUAUCUCAUAGCUUCAAGACUUCAAUGACGUGAUUGUUUAUGUUUAGAAUAACAUUAGAUAGGUAUGAGAUGCCAGAUCUGGCCAUUUUGAACAUAAAACAGCUAGAAAUUUAGGACCGGAUACAGCUGGUUUAAAUUGCUAAAGGGUUAAUGGUAGAGUACUCAGUCAGUACCUGAGAGGUAUGGGUUUGACUCCUGUACAACUUGCUGACAACUGUUUUUGGCAUUAGGAACGGCAUCCAGCUGUAGAGACCAUGCCAAAUCAGACUGGAACCUAGUGCAGCCCUCUGGCUUACCAAUUCCAAUCAAACUGUUUAACCCAUGUCAGCAUGGAAAGCAGACAGUAAAUGAUGAUGAUGAGGAGGACAGCACAUGUGACAUUGUGAGAUUUUUACUGAGAUUCUGAGUGUGGUAAAGGUGUGAGUAGUAAUCAUGAAUCCUGGUUUAUUGCAGCAGGAAGUGUGCAAAUGCUUGGAACAAGUUCCACCCUGAAAUAUACGAUUAAGGUUUAUGUACUUAGUCCUUUUUAUUUGAAAAUCAGAUGUAUCCACUCAAAUUGUCAUUACUCUUAACUGUAGAAAGCACCUUUCUAAACCAAUCUAUCUUUUGUUGAGGAAUGUCAUAUUUGAAACUAUUUUUUGUGAAGAUAUUUGUUGAGGCAGUGUGAGACUUAUAGAAAAUACCAUUUCUAUUUUUUGGUAGAUAUUUAACUUCAUUACUGGAAUUAUCAUAAAAUUUAAUUUUGCAGUUAAAGGGUUAAGAGAAUUGAAAUAUUUGUCUUAUACAUAAAAUAUGACAGAUAUAGGUAAUCAAAGAUUUAAGAAAAUAAGAUUAUGUGCAAAACAUGAUAAAGAAGCUAGAGGUAAUACCUCAUAAUAUGAGGACUUAAUAAAAUUAUUAACUUAAUCUGGGGAUUUUAUAAUAUUGUCGUUAACAUAGAUACCCUCAACUGAUUGUCGUAAGGUUGUUCUCCAACCUCUGAUUUAUAGACAUAACUUGCUUCUUUCUGGUACAUCUACAGCUACUUCAGUGACUUUAGCUCCUUGGAGCUGGCUGGUCUCAUGUCACAUUCACUCAAGCACUCCUAACUCACACAUCUUUCUUCUCAUUAGCUCUUUUGUAUCCACUCCCCAGGUUUUAUGCUAAAUGGCCUAUGUCCAGUUUUUUUCCCCCUCUAGAAUGUUGCCCCUCCGGAAUUUCCAACCUGCAGCUAUCAACUUGCAACUGUCCAAGUGAAACAUUAUCCCCUCCCCCCAUUUUUUCAUCAGUUUCACUGCUCUUGGAAGGGUGUGUGAAAAGGUCACAACACUUUCCUCCCAACCAAAUCAAUUAAAAAUCUAUAUAAAAAUGGGUGAGUGUUCAAACCAUAGGCUCCUUGAUUGUCUUAUUAGUUAUGUGUUAUUGGAGAAAUUGAGAACAAGAAAGAGAAAAGGAUGAAAGAAAGAAUGAGUAAGGAUUAAGAAGGAGAGAGAGAGAGAGCAGGAGAGUACAUUUUCUCAUGAAACCAGCAGUGUAUCUGCCUAUUGAAACACUGUAAUUUAAACACAAUUUCAGCAAAUUACAUAAUGAAGAUGAAUGAGGUUGAAGGUUGAUACAAAAGUCAACCAGUUGCUUCAGGUAUAAUUUGUUAUCUCUAAAGUAUUGAAGUGUAAUAUCUUAAUGUAGAAAUGAGUCCUGAAAUGCAUUCAGUUGUUAGAACACCACUUGAAGAUUUUGUAUUUGUGCAGUAUAUUGGUGAAGGCGGGAAGGUGUAUCAGCCAAGUAGAGCUGAUCUCUAAUCACAUGUCACUCUUUGAGGACUUAGAACUAAGCAUUGCACAAAAGCUUAACGUCUGUCAUUUAUUCAUUGCUUCCACUGCUUAUUUGUAUGAGACACCCCACCCCAUAAUACAAAUUGUUUGUUAAAUGAUUUGUUGUUAUGUAACUCAGGCCAGCUCUGGUCAAACAGACCUAAGAUUAAAGGUAUUCUAACCAUGACCAUCCUGUCUUUUCUGACAAUUUAUAUCAAAACUACAUUAUAAAAUAAACCCUUCUCUUCUGUUAAAGACAUUUUUGGGGGCGAUAAAAUAAGUACCAGUUGAGCACUGGAGUUGAUGUAAUGAACUUACUCCCACCUGCUGAAAUUGCUGGCCUUGUGCCAAAAUUUAAAACUAAUAUUAUAACAUUGGUUUAUAGUAACUAUAUGUGUUGCAGAAGCUGAGAAAUAUAGAAACUGUUGCAUAUGCUGUAGAAAUUGUGACAUGUUUCUCAGUAAGUAAUGUUUGUGCUGAAAUGACUGUGGUAUGUAUUGUGAGAACAGUUCUGUAGUAGCAGUAAGUCCCCAUAGAAGUGAGUUGCAAUCUACAUUCAAUCCCAUUUAGGAAUUAUUUAACUUUAACAUUGGGAAAGGCAUAAACAAUAUAAACCCACAGGCUUCAUUUUAAUAAUUUGGUCAUUUUAAGUUUCCUAAUUUUUUUCUAAUUGGUUUGGUUAGGAGGAAAGGGUUGUGAUCUUUUCAUAGACAAUUUCCAAGACCAGUGAAAUUGAUGGGGUGGGCUUAUUAUUUCUCUUGUACACAAUUACAAGUUCUUUCACAGUAAGGUUAUUUAAAAG